AGUUGAACUGUACAUGGAUGAGUUGAGGGCGAUGCGUGCGGAGAUACAAGAGUUCCGCAAGGAGAUGGAGCUGGAGAUGGCGCAGCUUGUAUCAGCAAUGAGUAACUGCAAUGGGCGCAUCGAUGGCCUCGAAGCCAGAAUAAGCGCAAUGGAACAACGGGCUGCUACGGGUCGUUCGUCGGCGGAUGAGGUUGUGGAGGAGUUGAGGCGCGAGCUAAAUGAUAGGGAUCAGGACCUAUUGGCAAAUGAUGUGGAGAUAACCAACAUUCCGGAGGCUGCUUCUGAUCACCCUAUCCACAUUGCAAAAGCUGUAGGCCUUAAGUUAGGGGUGCAACUAAAGGAGCGCGACAUCAUCAGCGCGGAGCGGGUCGGCGGCAAGCAGCUUAACGCCACUAGCUCCGCUGGUCCGGCGGUGACGCGGCCGCGCGCCGUGGUGGUGCGCCUGGCGCGCCGCGAGCUGCGCGACGCGCUGCUGGCGAGCGCGCGCGUGCGGCGCGGGGCGACCACCGCCGACCUCGACAUGCCCGGCCCGACACAGCGCUUCUUCAUCAACGAGCGCCUCACCAAGACAAAUCGCCGGUUGUUUCGGAUGGCCCGGGAUGCUGCUCGCCUCCACAAUUGGAGAUUUGUGUGGACUAAGCGCGGGCGCAUACUUGUCAGGCGGAGUCCGGAUGACUCCACUCAUAGAAUCCGCACUGAUGAAGACAUUGCACGGAUCGUUGGUUCUGUCAAUAAUGAAACAAGUUGAUCACUCUU